GCAAGAUCCCAUCUGGUCCACAGAGUUUUUCACAGUCAUUUGGCGGCACAAUGAGAAAGAAAGAUCAGUUUGGUACACCUUCCUAUCCAUCUCCACUAGACAGGAUAAGGACAGGCAAAAGAGAGAGGGCAGCACAGUUUGGUUUGAGUUCAUCAUUUAAUACAUCACUUGACAUAAACCAGACCUUCCCACUUACUGAGCUACCAGCUUCUAAAUCAGAUCUUAGUUCCAAUGAACCUAUUACAGGAUGUACCUUAGAAAAGUUCAAAGGGGAUGAACUGAAUUCUCUCAGCUUUACUGGGGGACUAUGCAAGGGGUCCUUUGCUCCCACCCCUACCCCACCACCACCACUUAACAUGUCCCUUGGUAGAUCAUGGUCAUUUUAUAACUUUGUUGGUGGAGCCCAGACAGGUAUGGUCCUCCCUACUACAGUAAGGAAUCCAAACAAGGCAAUGCUGACCAUAGAAGCACGUAGUACCAAGAUUUUAGUUGCAAGUAAGAUGGCAGGAGAACUAUUUGGAUAUGACCCUCAAGAGCUGGUUGGGAAGAAAAUGACUGAUCUUCUCUCGCUUCCUGAUAGAGACAGACCUCAUGCUCUCAUGGAAGAACAUCUAGAAUCUACUGGACAAGUGGUUAUGGUCUCAGGACAUGUGUUUGACAUCAUGGACUCCAAUGGUCUAGUCAUUCCUGUCUCUCUCUGGAUGAAAAAACUAACAGACGAAGAGAAUCCAAAAUGUCUGGUUGUCAUGGAACCAGUUGAAAGGACAUCUGGCAAAAUUGUCUUUGAUGUCACAGGAGCCAUUGUAAGAGCAAGCCAUGAGAUUGUAUACCUGCAUGGUUUUACAUCAGAAAAUGAAGUUAUAGGAAUGAGUGUUAAACAGCUCAUGCCUCAUCUGAAUCUACCAUCUAUCAAUGGAAAUAUUGAUACUUCUGUGAAGAAACAACAGGUGACUGGCAGAACGAAAGAUGGUUCUUCAUUUCCUGCAAGUGUUCACAUCAGAUCUGUUAAACCUCAAGAACUACUUUCAUCACUCAACGAUACAGGACAAGCCUCGAAUAUUUCUACAUCUAAUUUUUCUACUGCUAAUAAUGCUGACACUCUUGAUAUGUUAUCGACUGCCGGCUCAUCGGCGGAUUAUGAACUCUGUCCUCCAAAUGAAAACCAAGAUGGUGCUGUUAGCCUUGGAGACCAGCUGUUUUGUGCAAGUGUUUGGGUCUUUGCUAAUAUCAGUGGUAUGCUAAGCAUUCUACCCGAUGGUACCAUCCAUAGUAUCAACUCAACAUUCUCAAUUAUGCUCUUUGGUCAUGUACAUGAUGAUCUUAUAGGCAAGCACAUCACCACCAUUGUUCCUGACUUCUAUGAGAAUCUUGACAUGCUUGAUGAUAGUUCCAUGCCUCUCCCACCCCUUGAUGAUGAUAGCAUUGAAGAGGAUUCUGAAGAGGAGUCUUUCAACUUUCCUACCAGCAGACCGGCUUCAAGGGCACCAGACCAUUCCUUAGCCAAGCAGGAAAUCCUCCAUGAUGGCAGCAGUGAUGUUGCCAUUCAUGAUGCUGUAAGGUCUCUAGCAAGUAGAGCAGAAAGGCCUGAUACUGCAGAUCUGAUUGAAGCAGCCAAUGAGAUCGCUUCAGGAUUGGAAACUCCAGACUAUCUACUUCGUCCAGAGAGCACCACCACCGAUGAACUCUUGCAAUCCUCAGCGGGAAGAACAGACAUACCAUCUGAUCUCCUUAAUGUCCCAUCCAUUGAACCUAUCAGUCAUGAUGAGAGCAAAGAAGUCAUGAUUGGUAAUGCCAACACUGUGGGAAUGGAGGAUUCCCUGAUGUCCCAGAGGUCUACAGUCAUUGAUGGUGGGAAGCUUCCGGAAGAAGGGUCUUCCAAUCUCCUUGGACUACCGCUCUCCUGUCGGCAUAUGAGCACUGAAGUUCAAAUUGGCAAUGAGAGCGAACUAGGAAGGGUCAGUGAGUUAGGAUUUGAUUCCAACUCUUGCAGAUCCAAUACAGACUUGAUUGAAAGUAGGAGUAGUAGUAGUAGUGCAGGAGGUAUCCAGAGAGAGAUUGUUGAGGUUGAACAGAUUUCCAUGGAUGCACACAUGGAUGAAGGAAAACUGAGCGAGAGCACAAGUAGCAUCAGGAGUGUGAAGGAGGAAGUCGCCCGAUUAGAAAGACUUUCUUUAGGCGGUGAUGGAGACAGUUCAGCUAGAUCCCCAAGGACUGAGAUUAACUUGACAAAGAAUGAUUCUGGUAAAAAUAACAAAGUGGAUAAUGAGAAACAAGAAAAACUUGCUGGAGUGAUGCUUGUAAAUGAAGAUGGAAAUCAAGGAGAAUCAAUGAAAGAUAGAAUCCAGCUGGAUCUGAAUUCUGUUGAUAGUGAAGAGAAUGAAGUAGUAACUGCAAGAAAGGUCACUCAGAACACUGAGGUGGAGAGGUCUUGUAAGGAUAAGACAGGAGAAAGCAAUGACAAUGUUAGGCAGACUUGUUGGACAGAGGACAUUCAAGCUUCUGAACAAUCCAGGGUUUCUCCGGCGGCUCUAGAAGCCAAUAACAAUAUCCCUGUUGAUAAAGCAAGUGAUAUGGUUCUUCAAGGUAAGAGCGAUGACUCAACGGUGAAGAGUUCUGACAUUACACCUGAGAUUGAUGAUGGAGUGCAUUCUGGUAAGGUUUUAUAUACAUCAACCCCAGCAGCCAAUAGGAAGGUUGGUAAACAGUUCUCUUUGUUAUCAUCGGGACCUUUACCAGAAGGAGGAUUUGUUGGUUUGGCAAAGCAUCGGGAUGGCAACCUGCUUGGCAUCUUGUUCCAAGUAAAGAGGGUAGACUUAGAUGAUGGAGAGACACUAUAUUGUAUCUGGAUGUCACGUGACCCAGCGGAACCUACAGACUUUGGUCACAUGACUUCAAGUAUGGCCAAUCCAUCAAGUAUUGACAGUACCUUCAACCAAUCAAACCACACACAGAGCAUGGCAGAGAUCGUAGCAAACAAUGGUGCUCAGAACGUGAACCUUGACUCAUCACUCUCUAUGGAACAAGAUGAUCAGAGAUUAGGUUUAGGCGAGUACCAGAGACUCUACAAGACCCUCCAAUCCAUAGGCAAGGGGGCAUUCGGUUUUGUUAAGAUGGCUAUGAGUAUAACUGAUAAUAAAAUGGUUGUCGUAAAGUUCAUCCGCAGAGCGAAGGUAUUAAAGGAGAACUGGGUUGAUGAUGCCAAGCUUGGCUGUAUUCCUCUUGAAGUAGCAUUUCUCACUAAAUUGGAGCAUCCAAAUAUUGUCAAGGCUUUGGACAGCUUUCAAAACGAUGAAUUCUUUCAGCUUGUAAUGGAGAAACAUGGGUCUGGAAUUGAUCUCUUUGAAUUCAUUGAUCGUCAACCAAAUUUUGACGAGGCUCUUGCUAGCUAUAUGUUUAGACAGGUUGUAGCCGCAGUGAAGUACCUACAUGAGAGGAAUAUUGUCCAUCGGGAUAUCAAAGACGAAAACGUGAUUCUUGACGAGAAGUUCCAGGUUAAACUCAUUGAUUUUGGUUCAGCCGCGUAUAUGCAGAAAGGCAAGAAAUUUUCCACGUUCUGUGGAACGCUGGAGUACUGCUCACCAGAAGUCCUUCUUGGUAAUAGGUAUGAAGGUCCACAGCUGGAGCUUUGGUCUCUUGGUGUAAUGCUGUAUACAUUAGUGUUUGGUGAGAAUCCAUUUUAUGAUGUAGAAGAAACCAUUGAAGCUAUUCUCAAGCCACCUUUUGCUGUCUCCACCGCCCUGAUGCAGCUUAUCUCUUGGCUUCUUCAUCCCGAGCCAGAGUUUAGAUGUAACCUUGCACAGCUCCAUUCCAGUGCAUGGCUUCAACAACCUAUUGAUAUUAACAUCUACAAAUGGAAUGAAGUCAUGCCACCUGAAGGACCCCGGGAUGAUGAUGAUGGCCCAGACUUUCCCAAUGUGAUUGAAGACUCUGGUAACAUCUUGGAAGACUCUGGAGGAUCGGCUGAAGCAGACCAACUUAGAAGAGAGUUUGAGAAAUGUCUUGCCCUUGAUGAAGAUUACCAGGAUGGGGUUAGAUUAAGAGGAUUUAAUGCAAGUAUAUGAGUCUUUGAUAUGAUAUUGUACAACCUGAAUGAGAAUGGUAUCCUUAUUUCUAGAGAUUUCAACGACUGCUUGCAUUUAUUAUAACAUAUAUCAUUCAUUACCUCUAGCACCAUCAUAUUUCAGUGUUGGCUUGUUGCCUUUCUUACGUUUAGAAAUUCCAAUAAAUAUUGAAUUAUUGAGUUUAUUCAAUUUAUAUUGUUACAUGACAGGAGUCAAGUCAGUCAACAUACAAAGUGUGUGUGAUGAAUGAGUUUGUUGUUAGAAAUGUUUCACAAAUUACAUUUUGAAGUGUGAACUGAAAUUCUGGUAUUUAUUUAUUUAUUUAUUUAUUGCCUUACAAUAGAUAUAACACAUGUACAUUUAAUUUAAAUGUUGUAUGAAAGUUGCAGAUGGUCCAGAACUGUAUUUUUUUCUCAAUUUUAUGAUUUAUGAACUUUUUACCACGACAGGAUAAGAUUGUGAGUAUACUGAUAAUUUCCAUUCACUACAUGUAUGAGACCAAAGUAUCUCUUGAACUCAUCACCUUGAAAAUAUAUUCAUUCAUAUCAGUAUGUGAAUUUAAUACGUCAGCUGUUAGAAUGCAAUUUAAACUUGUCUUAACUCCAUCAAGUUUGUAAGUGCAGAGUGGAAAAUGGUGGUAAUUACAUAUGCUCUGUAAAUUAGGACAACAUUUUUUUUCUUGGUAUUUGCCUUAUUUAAAUCAGGUGAAAUUUGUGAAUUUGCCAAUGCACUCUUGUUUGUCAUAUCAGAAACUUGUAUACAUAAAGACAUAUGUCACAGUAUAUUGUGGAUUAUUAUUUAGAUGUAAGGUUUUUAGAGGUGCAGAUAUUUUUUGACGUCUGACGAGGUUGUUUCAAAGAGACAAAAUAUUAAAACUGAUUUUAAAGUGCAUGCCUAAGAAAACCAUCCAAUAUUGAAAAUAUUGGACGAAAUGAAUAUUUUGCCCCGCCCGCAAGAUAAUCAUUGGUCAAUAAAUGAUGCAUGAUGCUAUUGUUACGUCACAAAGAAAUUGCAUUGCGUAUUAGUUGUCAGGAGGUGUGGUAAAGGAGCGUCAAUUCAUUGAAUUCAAAUUCGCUUGCACUAUAAUACGCUAGCGCAUCUUUCUUUAUCUCAGCUCAUUACAGAGAUUUCUUUUUAAAAAAUGACAAUACUCAGAUGCCAUGCAUGCUCAUGAUUUACAGGAUUGCCAUAAAUGCUCGUUACUAAAACAAUUUUUUUUGCUUCAUUACUUCUAGCUUUUUGGGGGUAUCUAAAUAAUAAUAAUAAUAUUGGAUGACCAAUUUUCGUGGGAUGCGUAGAAAUAUUGUUACUCGCUGAAGAACAAUAUUUCUUUGCAUCCCACUCAAGGCCAUCCAAUAUUCCCUGAAUAUUGUUCAUGAUGUAAUAAUAUUGAAAAUUUGCUUGAGUCAUGUUGAAAAACAUUACAUUUCAUACUUUUGUGUGUGUGGACAACUGUACAGCACUUUAUCUUCAUUUCACGGCUUCAAUUGAAUUCUAAAUUUGAUUACACACAUUCACAAAUUCAUAUCUCUCAUUUUUUCUUGUCCAAAUCCAAUAAUGUUUUGCUUGUCUCCAUUCUCUCUUGCAUCUUAUGUUAUACCUGUCAGUAUAUUUGCAGUUCCAUUACAAGGUUUAACUGACUUGCCUUCAAACUCCAAAUUAUUUGUUGCUAUUUUUUUUUAACUUGUUUGUUGUAGUGAUAUCAGGGUUGGUUUUUUGUGUGUGUGUAAAUCGAGCCUGCAAAUAAGUGAAUUGAUUUUCAUGCAUUUGAACAGAAUCAUCUGUUUAUCCCAAAUUAUGGUUUAAGGGUUCUUUUUUUAAUAGUUAUCAUUAAUAUGCAUUAUGAAGUUGAUAUGAAAUAAAUAAGUGCCAUCUACAGGAUUUUUUGUUUCUUGAGAGGAAUUAAUUUAUUCAAAAAGAUAGAACCUUGUCUGAUUGGACAAUGCAGGAAAAUGCCAAAUUUGAUUUAUUGCAGAAAGAGAAUAUGACUAUUGUACAGCAAUAAGAUGAAUAACUUAGCAAUAGGUGAUGGGCUUUUGAAAGUGAAUUUUCCUGAAUCUCAUAGUAUAUAUACAGAAUGUAGAAAAUAAACAGAAUUUAAAUUGAAGCUGUCUUGAUAACACUUGAAUGAUAAUUGUUUUUAUAUUGCACCUUAUUCACUGUUUGUUGUGAGUGUGUGGAUUAUCAUAUAUGGCUGUCUUAAUAGAUUGCAAAUAUUCUUUGAUUCCUAAAAAGGAAUAAAAAUGUUAGUUUGUAAAUGUAGUACAGAUAUGUACCCUGUGUAUGAAGCUUGCCUGAAUAAAAUCUGAUGGAUCUACUGAUUCGCGUUGAACUCACAAACUACAUGAAGUCCUGCAAAAGGCAUUGGGGCCCGUAAAGGAGUUAGCAAUUCAUUUUUAUUUUAUUUGUAUGUUUGUUUGCACAUCAUGAUUAAGCCUGCAAAUAUUUUUGUGAUUACAAGAGGGGAUUGGUCAAUACUACAUGUAUUGAUUGCAAAGAUUGACCUGUUUGACUGGAAUAUUUAACAUAUCGUGAAUUUAACACUAUAUUUAAAAUUGUGUUCUCUGUUUACAAGGAAAAAUGUUGACCUAAUGCAAUAAGAAUCCAUAUCUCCUUUCCUUUUCAUUCCUUUUUUUUUAUACAAAAGUUUACUCUUACUUCAACGUGUUAUCUGUUUACAUAUAUUUAUGAAUGGCCAUUCCAGAUGUCACCAAAUGUUAAUUGUGAUGUAUAUGUAUAUUGGAAUGGCACUUGCUAGGAAGAAAAGCUUGUCAAAAGUUGUUUUAUAUUAAAUCUAAUAUAAGGAGCCAUGGUUUCACAAUUAUGAUGUGUAAAAUCAUAAGUGCCUAGUGAAGCAUAGUGUGUUUUAUCAUCUGUCAUGUAGCUGGUUCUACUGAAAAUGUUUGUAUUUUGUACUUAAGUGCAUCUUUUAAAGUGAUGUGCCGUGCGGGUAUUUGGUUGAGGGUAAUGGCAAUACAUAUGAAAAAUUGAUCUGUAUAUUGUUGUAUUAUGCACAUAACUUUUUAAGACAUCACUUUGUCUUAAAAUCCUGAACAAUAUAUUUUUGUUCACAAGUGAAAUGGAUGUAGCGAUUAUACUAUUCCAACCGCACAGAUCUUUCACUUUCAUCCGUAUUGGAAGAUAAUAUAUCAGAAUGUUUUUCAUUAUAGAGACAAAAAUUAAUUUAAUACAAUAUGCUUUGUUAUUCAAUGGAAUGCAUAUUGAACAAACAAGCUUAUUGUUGCAUUUUAUAAGAAUUGAUCAGAUAGAAAUAUCAAUGCCAAAGUAAAUGCAGAGAAAACAAUAUAUUAUUGACUGAAUAGUAAGGAACACCAAAAUACCUAAUCGGUUGUGCAUGAAUGCAUGUAUGACCAAAUAUACCACCAGGUACCAAUUAUCUUUAAAGGUCAAGUCCAUCCCAUAAAAAGUUGAGUUGGAUAAAUAGAGAAAAAAUCAAACAUGAAUAACGCUGAAAACUUCAUCAAAAUUGGAUGUGAAAUAAGAAAGUUAUGACAUUUUAAAGUUUCGCUUAUUUUUCACAAAACAGUUCUAUGGUCAACUCAGUGAUAUGCAAAUGACAGAGUCGAUGAUGUCACUCACUCACUAUUUCUUUUGUUUUUAGCUCAUCCAGCCCGAAGGGCCAGAUGAGCUUUUGCCGUGGCGUCCGUGGUCUGUCCACAAUUUCAAAAUGCUUCUUCUUCGCCAUUUCAAGUCUGAUUUCAAUUCUGUUUGCUUUAUAUGAUAGCACUAGGUGGGGGAUUCAAAACUUCUAUACAGAAUUUUGAAACUCAUUUAAUAUGCUAAUUUAUGCGCAUUUUUCAAAAUUAAAAAAAAAUGCUUCUUUAUUUACAGACCGAUUUUGAAUUUUUUGCUUCUACACAGAAUUUUGAAAUUUUGACUAGAACAAAUUUUAUGCUAAUUUAUGCGAAAUGAAUUAUGCAUAUUUUUAAAAAUUCACAUAAAAUGCUUUUUCUUCUUUAUUUGUUGACCGAUUUUUUUUUUUUCUUCCAUCUGGUUGAGCUUCAUGAGGUUCACCAAACUCCACACAGAAUUUUUAAAUUUGGAGUAGAAAAUUAUUUAUGCUAAUUUAUGCAAAAUUCAUAAAUCACAGAAAAUGCCUCUUUAUUUGUUGACUGAAUUUCAAAAUGCUUCUUCUUCGUCAUUUCAAGUCUGAUUUCAAUUCUGUUUGCUUUAUAUGAUAGCAUUAGGUGGGGGAUUCAAAACUUCUACACAGAAUUUUGAAACUCAUUAGAUAUGCUAAUUUAUGCAUAUUUUUGAAAAUUCACAUAAAGUGCUUCUUUAAUUGUUGACCGGUUUUGAUUUUUUUUUCUUCCAUCUGGUAGAACUUAAUGAGGUUCACCAAACUUCUACACAGAAUUUUGAAAUUUUCAGUAGAAAAUUAUUUAUGCUAAUUUUGCGAAAUGUAUUCAUAAAUCACAGAAAAUGCCUCUUCUUUAUUUGUUGACCGAUUUUGAUUUUUUUUUUUCCUUCCAUCUGGUAGAGCUGCAUGAGGUUCACCAAACUUGUACACAAAAUUAUGUCUAGAAAAUUAUUUAUGCAAAGUUUAUUCAUAAAUCACAAAAAACAUUUUUUUCUUCUUCAUUUAUUGAUCAAUUUCAAUUUUGUUUGCUUUAUAUGAUAGCUCGAGGUGGAGAUACAAAAUUUCAACGCAGAUUUUUGAAACUCAUUAAAUAUGCUAAUUUAUUCAUAUAUUUUCAAAACUCACAAAAAAUGCUUAUUUAUUUGUUGAUUGAUUUUGAUUAUAUUUGUUCCAUCUGAGAGCUACAUGAGGUUCACCAAGGUUCUACACAGAGUUUAGAAAUUUUGAUUAGAAAAUUAUUUAUGCUUAAUUUAUAUGAAAUUUAUUCAUAGAUCACAAAAAAUGCUUCUAUGUCAUUUCUUCAUCAAUUUAAAUUCUAUAUCCUCAAUUUAUGUCACCAAUGUAAUUCACUACAGUUUCAACUGGGCUGAAAUUAAAAUUGUUAAAUUUUGUUGCGAGAUGCCGGAUGAGCUCCACAUCAUUGAUGUGCUAGUUUAUUGUUUGAAUUAUACAAUAUUUCAAUUUUUACAAAUUUGAUAAUUAUGACCCCCUUGCUUGAUCCACAAAAUGUUAAAAUAAUGGAAUUACAUGUGUUCAGGGAGGAAUGAAACUUUGUUUCACAUGACAAUGACGAGAGAAUCAAAAUAUUUCAUAUAAUAAAAUACAAAAGAAAUAGUAAGUGGGUGACGUCAUCGGUUCCCUCAUUUGCAUACAGACCAGGAUGUGCAUAUAACUGUUUUG